AUGGCGCCACUCCUCUUCGUCCCCAACAAAACCUUCGCACCACCACCACCGGCACCGAUCCCCCGCGCUCGCCACCGCCUCGCGCCCAGACCCCCCUCCGCCGCGGCCUUCUUCCGCGGACUCUUUCCUACCAGGCCUCCGCCGGCGAAGGCCGACCUCCUCCGCCUCAUCGCCGACCAGGGUCGCGGCCUCGAGACGCAGUCUGACCCCUCCCGCCUCGCCGACAUCGUCUCCUGCAUCGACGCGCUCGCCGCCGUAUCCCCCGGAGCGGACACCGUCUCCGAAGCCGCCAAGCUCUCCGGAACCUGGCGCCUCCUCUGGACCACCGAGCAGGAGCAGCUCUUCAUUGUGCGUAACGCCCCAUUCUUCCGCACCGCCGCCGGCGACGUGCUCCAGGUCAUCGAUGUCCCCGGCGGCGCCCUUAACAACGUCAUCACGUUUCCUCCCUCAGGCGCGUUCGUUGUCAAUGGCGAAAUCGAGGUCCAGCCGCCCCAGCGAGUCAAUUUCAGGCAGGUUUUUGGUGCUUCAUUAGCAAUCUAG